UAUAAAUUCGGUUGAAGCCAUGAAGACCUGUGGAAUUGCAUUACCAUUACUCGUUGAUUGAAACAUAUACACAUAAAAAUGGCUUUUACGUUGUGGAUUUUGUCUCUAAUUUUGUCAUCUCUAACAUCGUCGGCUUUUUGCGCCACCCCGCGAAGGCCAGUUGAUGUACCUUUCGGUCGAAACUAUGUCCCCACUUGGGCUUUUGAUCACAUCAAAUCAUUUAAUGGAGGUUCUGAGAUUCAACUUCUUCUUGAUCAGUACACUGGUACUGGCUUUCAAUCUAAAGGAUCAUACUUAUUUGGUCACUUCAGCAUGAACAUAAAGAUGGUUCCUGGUGAUUCAGCCGGCACUGUCACUGCUUUUUAUUUAUCUUCCCAAAAUGCUGAGCAUGAUGAAAUAGACUUUGAAUUUUUGGGGAACAGAACAGGAGAACCAUAUAUUUUACAAACAAAUGUGUUCACUGGAGGACAAGGUGAUAGAGAACAAAGAAUUUUUCUUUGGUUUGAUCCUACAAAAGCCUAUCAUAGAUACUCUGUUCUUUGGAACAUGUAUCAAAUUGUGUUCUUUGUGGACAAUAUCCCAAUCAGGGUAUUCAAGAACAGCAAGAAUUUGGGAGUGAAAUUUCCAUUCAACCAACCAAUGAAAAUCUACAACAGUUUAUGGAAUGCUGACGAUUGGGCAACAAGAGGUGGAUUAGAGAAAACUGAUUGGUCAAAAGCACCAUUCAUAGCAGGUUACAAAAGUUUCCACAUUGAUGGUUGUGAAGCCUCUGUUGAAGCAAAAUUCUGUGCAACACAAGGUAAAAGAUGGUGGGAUCAACGUCAAUUUCGCGACCUUGAUGCCGCUCAAUGGCGAAGAAUAAAAUGGGUUCGAAAGAAAUUUACCAUUUACAAUUAUUGUACUGAUAGAAAACGAUUCCCUCAGGUACCUCCAGAAUGUAAAAGAGACCGUGACAUUUGAAUUAUUAUGCUCUAUAAUUUUAUUAUUGCUUUAACGUAAGUUUCUUCUUGUAUUUUAUUUUUUAUAAUUAUUUAUUGGCAGAGUAGCCUCUAUGUAUCUCUGAUUUUAUCAUUAUUUAUUGGCACAGUAUCCUCAAUAAUUAAUAACAACAGUUUGCUACAUCCGUUGCCA